UUCGCCCAGAAGAAAGAGAAAGGAACUGAGAUCGGCCGGCGUGGUAGACAGGGCGGCCGCCAUGACUUCCUCUAUGGCAGAGGAAGACUUGCAGUCGGUGCUGGAGCAGAUGCUGCAGCUGCGCCUAGAUUCCCCACAAGAUAGUAGCGACGACGGUGGGGUUACUGCUCUCCCGGAUGGCGCCACCGAUCAAGUCCAGGCACAAUCCGCUGCCGCCCCCGGCGCCGCAGUUAACCCAUCGGUUGAAUGGGCGGAGAUCAUCGUGAGCGAGAUGAUGAGCGCCACCUCCCUGGACGACGGCCGCUCCCGCGCCGUCAGGAUCCUCGAGGCGUUCGGGGCCUCCGUCAUCGGCUCUCGCGCCGCGAAGAUGAUGGGUGACAAGGACAGGGAGCUGGGAGCCGCGUUGCGGCAGAAUACCAUCCUGAAGAGGGCAGUGAUCGUGCAGCACCGGCGGCAGCUGGAGGGCGAGGGGAAGACCAAGGAGCUCCAAGGAAUGGUCGCAGAGUACCGGGAGAAGGUCAGGCAGCUCGAGAUUAGCAACUACGCACUGUCCAUGCACCUCAGGAACGCUGGUCCCGAGAGCUCCGUGCCGGGGCCGUACCAUCCGGAGGUGUUCUGAAGUCUGAACCACGGCGUCCACUAUGUGUCUAACCGGGUUAAUUAUUUAGCAUGUCGGUAGCAUGACUGCACGAGGAUAUCUCAUUCUCUGUUGAGUGUCUUGCCGUCUUUUUGAAAUAAAAAAUAUUUUUUGUCCA